CUAUUUAUCAACGUUGCAUUACAAAAAUUCUCUCCAAUAGUGGCGCUUCUUCCAUGUUCAUGUUAUGUAAUCUCAUAUAUUAGCUUCAUAAAAAAUGAAGUUUUUUACAUUUUUAAGUUUUUCUAUAGUGUGUGUUAGCGGUAUUGAGUUUAGAGUCGAUCCACUAGUAAUAACUACUCAAGGUCUGGUCAGAGGUCUUAGAUCAAGUGAUGGCAGUUAUUCGUCUUUUCUGGGAAUUCCUUACGCUCUUUUAGAUCUUAAUAAUCCAUUUGGUCCUCCACAACAACAUCCAGGUUUUGGGUCAGACGUAUUCAAUGCUUAUUAUGGGUUAGUCAAAUGUCCGCAAGUUACGCCUGUUGUUUCAAAUAAUGGAUAUGAAAUAUUGGAUUGUCUUCGGCUUAACGUAUACUCGCCCACAAUAGCGAGCUCGCAGAAUCCAUUACCAGUCUUAGUAUGGAUUCAUGGAGGUGAUUUCGGACAAGGGUUUGCUGGUGAAUAUGGCCCAGAACAUUUAGUCAAACAAAACAUUAUAGUGGUGACGAUUAAUUAUCGUUUAGGACCGUACGGAUUCAUGUGUCUUGACAUACCUUCCGUUCCGGGAAAUCAAGGACUGAAAGACCAAUAUGAAGCAUUAUUAUGGAUAAGUAAUAACAUAGCAGCAUUCGGUGGCAACCCUUAUAAUAUAACGAUUGCCGGUCAAGAAGCGGGAGCAACUUCAGUUUUAUUACACUUAUUUUCGGAUAAGCAAAAAGUGUACAGCAAAGUGAUUGCAGAAAGUGGCACUCCUCAAUCUAUGGGCACUGUUGUCGACGGUGAUGUUGAUGCUGCGUUAAAACUUGCCGGCCAUUUAGGUUUUAUUACAACAGAUUCGUUGGAAGCUCUGAGUUUUCUCUCUCGAAGCUCACACGAGCUCGUAACAGCCGCUGCUUUUUAUUUAGACUUAAAUUUAAAACCUUGCAAGGAGAAAUCGUUUAGUGGUAUCAGUAAUUUUAUAGAAAACUAUCCAUUUUCUUUAUCAAAUCAUAAUAAAGUACAAAAUACACCAAUUUUAAUUGGACACACUAGCAGGGAGACCUUAGAUUUAUCAACUAAAUACGACAACGUAUAUUUUGAAAGUGAUCCUUUUUACAAUAAUAUAAAAGAAAACUUUAAUCUAGAUGAAGACAGAUUAGUAGAAGCUGCUAAUAUUAUAAGAAAUUUUUACAUUGGAGAUGAACCCGUAUCAAAACUUUUAGAACCUGAAUUGGAAAAAUUUGAUUCUGAUAUCGCUUUUUAUCAUCCCCUACAAAGAACUAUAACGCAGUUACUUAAUGAAAAUGCAAGCCCAAUAUUUGUAUACGAAUUUAGUUAUUCUGAAAAUGAACAAGAUAUGGCUGAAUACGGAGAUGAAUUAAAAUAUCUAUUUCACAUGUUAAACAAUAGGAUUGAAAAUAAUGAGAAAAAUCAACUGAUAACUGAAAGAAUUGUGAAAUUGUGGUCUAAUUUUGUCAAAUUCGGAAACCCUACACCAGAGACGAGUGACUUAUUACCGAUGACGUGGACCCCUGUUACUGCGAGGACAAGACCUUAUAUCGUGAUUGACUCAGACAUCCGUAUCGAGCACAGAAUAAACAAAGAAAGAAUGGCAUUUUGGGACCUCUUUUACGCAGCUUACGGACAAUACAACAGAUAUUCACGAGAAUGUAACAUAUAAAUAUAUUUAUUCUUUUAAAUAUUAAUGUAUCAUUGAAAACGACUGAUUAACUUGUUUGAAAUGACUU